UUUGGCUGUGGCUCAUAUGCCAACCCUAUUUGGCUGGGUGCAGAAAUUUCAGUAUUCAAUGUUCAGUAUAUUCAAUGUUGCAAGAAGAUGCUAUGUCCAUAGCAUCAGUAGGGAAAUUGUAUGAUGUGGAAGAUGACCAGAGUAAGUCGGAUCCUAGAAAUGUAUGAAAAUAGUAGAAAAUGGAAGAUGUCAUCAGAAGAGUUUAACAAAAUGGUCUAACUCAUGGUGAGUGUAGUCACUCCAUUGAUAUUGAAGGUACUUCCAGCUAUGGUGAAAGUCAGCUUGGAAUUCAAGUUUUCAUGAACCUCUAAGACCUAGUGAAAGUUUAUUUCACUUCCAGAUCAUUGCAUAUUUCAUUUUCAGUUUAUAAGUGUACCCAUUUACUGUUGCAUCUGAAAAAGUGCUUUGAAACAUGUAGAUCCAUUCUAAUGAUCAAUGAUUUUUAAGCUAGCUUUAACCCUUUAGUAUUUGAUGCAGUUUGUUUCUAUUUUGCUCUGAAAAGACCUUCAUUGACUGUGGGGUCAGUUUGCAGUAAGACCUGCAUAGCAUCAACCAACUUUCUGGAUAGGGAGCCUCAAGGGGCCUCUGGAAACCUCCAGGUGGCCCUGCCUAGGACUAUUGAGUAUCCCCACUCCUGCCUGGGUGAACAUAGCUGGGUCUACUCUGCUUCAGUAGAGGUUCUCAUACCCAGUAGUACUUGAUUAUCUUCACAUCUUAACCCUUUGAGAACGUGAAGGUGGCAGUACUGACUAUGGCAAGACAUAUUCAGGAAGCUCCAAAUUUAAGCUCAAAGUGACUGCAUCUGUAAAAAUGUGGCAAUAUGAAUUCGAAGAUCUAGGAUGUACCAGUACUGCCACACUCCUGCAGGAUUGGGAGUGCAUGGCCAUACCACUUGAAAGUUCAGCUCAAGGAGAGUCUGGGUAAUUCUGACUGGGGGAAUGGAGGGUGCAUGGUUCAAAUGGUGACCUCACUCCAUGGACUCAAGCUGCAGGAUGGUUCAAUUUGUAGACAUUGUGAAGAGUAAUAAAAGUUGAAAGAGGCAAGGAGAGCUUGACCAAGAUGAAACAGAUCACUCAAUUCUGCUGACCUCACGCUUGGGAAAUGGUGACAUAUCCUGUCUUGUAAAGAUGAACAUAUGGAGGGAAUCAAUCCAUUGAGCAUCUUCUUGGUCAAGGAUGGGAGCAAAGGUGACCGGCUUCUAUUCCGAUAUCCAUACACAAUGGAGAACAGGGAUGAUGAGGCAAAAAAGAGAGCAAGGCAGAGUCCAUACAGUGUGGAGCCUUCAGAGAACAUUCUGUACAAGGCCAAGCCUCCCCUCUCCAAUAUUAAGAAUGGACAGCUCUCUGGAUUUGAUGACACGGUUCUGUCAAAUCUCUUUGCGGUGAAGAUGGGCCUGUGCGAGAAGCGCUUGGAAGUGAAGGUGAAUGAUGUGAGAUUCAUUGGACACCCAACCCUCCUUCAAUCAGGCUCCUCUGACUCUGUCCUCCCCCGCAUACGACACUCCACCUCCACAUCCAUCAUUCUGAUUAACAUUGUCAUCGUCCUUCGAGCCUCUGCUAGUCACUGGGUGGUAGAGUGUUACUAUGAACUGAGCCAGAGGCUUGGAGUGGCCCUUAGGCAUGAAGAGCAUCGUUGUCAAUAUCUGCAUAAUGAGGCAAGAUUAAUGCUGGAAGCUCAUGAUGAGGUGGCAGCCCAGCCAGAAGACAGUGCUGAAUCCCCUUAUGACCUCAUCCUGGAGAGAUCUCGGUUGGCCAAGGAAUUACGAGACAUUUAUCAUGAUGCAUAUAAGCUACUGAAAGGCUACCAAAUAAGCUCUGAUUUGUACUACAGCCUAUGUACCAGUGGGGUGGUGAAACGUCGCUUAAAUAACUGGAUAGGGAUCAACUUCUGCCUCCCCCAGAAGGUCCACUAUCUUCGCAAUCAGCUCCUUCACAUAGAGCCAGGGACAAUCUACAAGUGCCUGGAAUCAAUUCAGCCAUAUCAUGGGAUCCUGCUGUUAGGGGAGGAAUCAGAGCUCUUAGCCUCCCUCCCACCUGAUUCUUCCAGCUCCCUCAAACGUCUUGUUAAGAUGGCAAGCCCCUUGAAGAAUUUCCAUCAGCUUGCUGCUGACACCAACCUCACGCUCCUUCACAUCUUCCAGUUGACAUCUCAUCUGGUGUACUGGGCCAAGGUGAUGGUGAUCUAUCCUCUAUGUGAGACCAAUGUCUAUGUCAUCACCCCUGGUGCCCCAGCUGACUUAGCAAGCUUGGGGGAGGAAUUUCGAGAAGUGUUUCCUGGACUCUCCCUACUGUCAGUGUUGUCUGAGUUUUCCCUGCCAACAUCGCUUAGUCAUAAGCACACACCCAUCUGGCUCUUCCAACAACAGAAUCAGCAAGUGCAGGUGAUUGUAUGGUUACUGCGGCAUCGACUACUCAUGCAGCUCCACACGUAUGUCUUCUUUUCCCCACCAGUACGGAAACCCAUACCAAGUCACAUCCGCCGGUCCAGUCGACAGUCCACUCCUGACUUCUACCUUGGCUUGAGCGAGGGGUCGAGUGAGAAAUCAGAUGGGGACUCUGAUGUGACUGUGGAGACACAGACGCAGAUGGUACAGGAGGAUCAAUCACAGAGGACCCUGGCAGAGGAAGAUGAGGAACGGGGAAGUAAAGGAGACUCUGAGCUUCAAUAUGAGGCCCUGUUCCCUAAUCUUUCUCAGCUAGAGAUUGAGGUCAUCCUUGCCUGCCCUGCUGCCUGUGACGCUGAGGAUCUCAAACUCUUUGCCAGGAUGUUGCCAUACUUCCAUGGAAAGCACCACAUAGAGGAGAUGAUGUUCAUGGAGAACAUGCGUCGAUCUCAACUCCUUGAACUGAUUGAGAAAUUUAGACCAGUCUUGCUCACCUGCACUCAUGAAGAUCCCCGACUCGCUAUCUUCUACCAUCACUAGCCAUAAUGGCUUCCAUUUUCUUCAGCACUUUUGUGCAGAGUUCAUACAGCUUGGGUGAAUGUCAGCUGUACCCUUCACAUAUCUAGGAUGGUAGUUCUUUUCAGUAAGGCAUUGCAUUGCUUUAUGCCCAUUCCAAAGUGUGAUCAACCAUAAAGUUAACAUAUGUUCUUGUAUUUCAUUGCCUUGCCCUUCAUUUUGUUGUAUGACAAGAUUCUAAUGAGAUUUUCAAGUUUCAUGGAAUUCAAAGCUAUUUGGUGUCUUCUCAAAGGCUGCAAACUGCAGUGGAGUUGCAGAGUGCAAUAUUGUGUCCCUUGCUGAAUUUUGCCACAUCUUGACUCAUUGACCCCAAGUCCUGCAUUCUCUUGCACUUCAGGUGUUAUCUCAUUGGAGUGCCAGGAAAGUAUGCUGGUCAUACAUCAAAAACCUCAUUUGGCAUGGACAGUGCAAAAUCAAUCCAGAGAUAAAUUUUUGUAUUAACAAAUUAAUCACUUUGAUCUCUGGUCCUAUUCCAUACUAAAGGACCAGGUUACACAAGGCUAUAUAACAGGCAAUACAUCUCUGGUUUCACAAGUUGUUAUGGGAAAUAUGGGACAACUAGAAAGGAUCUGGAGUGUAAGAUUCCUUGUAAUGCAGUACUCAAGGAUGCCUUCUAUUCAUGAGUGGAUGUGGUCAGCCUUGUCAGCCAGAAUUCCAGCAAAAACCCAACUGCAUUUGUCAUUUAAGGAAAAAUUAAGUUGAACACAAAGGGAGGACAGGGAUAAGCUGAAUUGGAUUCAACUCUAAUUGGUAGAUGAACCCUCAAGGUGUCAUGACACCAUGACAAACAGCAAGAUGAAAAAGAGAUAAGACUGUGAGACUAAAUGGUCUGAAAGAAACUAUGGUUACUUGGGUUCUGUCAUAAGUAUUGGCUUUACAUUUUGCUCUGUUUCUAGUUCAUCGUAUGUCACGUAGGGAGGGGAGUGGGAGGUGAGGUGUUGUGGUGGAUAAAAUGUCCUGUACCCUCCCUCUCAUAGUGCCACUCCUGCAGAUCAAGGCAUCAUAAAAGAGUUCUGCAUAGUCUAAGGAAACUUUCAUGUUAAACAGACUUUAAUAGACAUCAUUCCAGAUCUGAUUAAAGGAGGAGGGGGUGUUCAAGGGGGG